AUGGAUCCUUUCGAUAAAAUUCCCGAGGACAUUCACGAUGAAGUAUUAAAGUAUUUUAAAGCUGAAGAUAUGAUUGAAGUUUUAUCAUUAGUGUCCAAGGCCUGGUAUUCAGCAGUUGCUUCUUCCAAUAUAUGUAUGAGAAAAAUCAAAUUAAAUUUACGUUCAAAGAGGAAGAAUGAUUUCACUGAAAGAAUUGAAACACUCAAUUGGAUGAGUAGAAAAGAUGGAAGAAGCUUUCAACAUCUACAAAUCAACUGUUUACUAGAUGAAGGAAUAUCUCAAGAAGUGUGGAGUUUUCUCCACUCAAGAGCUGAAUCGAUUGAGACCAUUAAUAUCAGAAGCAUGAAAUUCGAGAGCGAUUUCAUUGUUACGAACAUAAAACUGCCUAAACUUGAAGAACUAAAAAUGAUGUUUGUACCACGUGAUGCAAUGAAUUGUCUUAUGACGUCGACAUCUUCUUUGAAAACAAUGAUUUUGAGAAACGAAUUUCCACUCUGUUACGAUGGAGUUGAUUACACACCAAGUGAAACUACAAUUAAAAGUGUGCAGUAUUGCAUUUCAGCAAAUACGAAACUAGAAGAUUUAGAAAUUCAAGGACGACCGAAUUUCUUUGGUUUCUUUCAUAAGGACCUAUCAGAGUAUGUCAGCUUUAAUUUGAGUAAACUUGUUCUAAAAGUCGAAAUGUCAGUAGAGAAAAUUUCUACAGAAUGUGAAAGUAAUAUAAUUAAGUUUAUGAAGCGACAAGCCAAUUCUCUCGAGCAUUUCUACAUUGACUCUUGUGGCACAAAUAUCAUCCAAUUUGCUUUCAAUUCCAUGCCAGUAUUAAAUUUUCUUCGCUUUGACAUUGAACUUCGAGAGCCUAAUAAGUUUAACAUUAAAGAACUUAAUAUUGAGCCAAACGAAAAAAUCAAAUAUCUUGAACUUCCAUACAUCGUUUUAUUUGAUGAAGUUAAAGAUUUCCUCGAUCUAGUACCAAAUGUCGAAGAAAUAUUAAUCGGACACAUCAAUCCAAGAGUCAUCGAGUAUACAGCUAAUAAUUUACAAAAAUUGAAGUCCAUUGUUUAUCGUUACGAUGAUUCCGCAGGUGGUUGUGACAAAGUUUAUGCCGAUAUGAAGAUCCAAAAUCAUGAAAUGAAUCAAAAUAUUACAUUAUCAUUAUAUAACGAUUUUCUAUGA